AUGGCACCAACAGCAACCACGCUCACCUCGGAAUCUGCAUCCAACGCCUCCGUCGGCGCCAAAGGAACAACCACCUCGGGAAAGAAACUCAAGAUCCGGUCGUAUCCCCAGUUCGAGAGCUUGGAGGAGGAGAGGCUGUACAGGAAGCAGCAUUUGGCUGCUGCAUUUAGAGUAUUCGCGGAGCGGGGAUUUGAUGAGGGUGUUGCGGGACAUAUAUCAGUCCGCGAUCCUAUCCUAACGGAUCACUUCUGGCUCAAUCCGCUCUCGCAACACUUCUCUCAGAUCUCCGUCUCGGAUCUGAUUCUCGUGAACGAGGAUGGAGAUGUGGUUGAGGGCGAUGAGCCUAUUAAUGCCGCGGCUUUCGUAAUUCAUUCCGAGAUUCACAAAGCACGUCCGGACGUCCAUGCUGCGUGCCAUGCACACUCCGUGUACGGCAAAGCGUUCAGCGUCUUCGGGCGCGAGCUCGACAUGAUAACGCAAGACUCGUUGCGGUUCUUCCGCUCCCAUUCCGUAUACGACAACUUUGGCGGCGUUGUGCUGGACCGCGAGGAAGGGAGACGGAUUGCGAGGUGUCUUGGGGAUAGAAAGGCGUGUAUCUUGCAGAACCAUGGGCUAUUGACGGUGGGCGGGAGCGUGGAUGAAGCGGCGUUUUGGUUUAUGAGUCUGGAUAAAACUUGUCAUGCGCAGUUGCUGGUUGAUGCUGCGAGUGCUGGGAGUGGACGGGAGAAGAAGUUUAUUGGGGAGGAGGAGGCGAGGUUUACUUAUAAUCAGGUUGGGACGCCGGAGAAGGGUUGGUUGGCUUUUCAAGGGUAUUAUGAUGAGAUUCUGGCGAAGACUAAUGGAAGUUUUCUUAAGUGA